AUGUUGUUCACGCCUCCGCAGAACUUCUCGGCCAUCCUCUCGCAGCCCGUGCUGCCUCCGAUGCUUCUAGCGCCCAAACCUAACCUCAUUGCUGGAAUCCCCGACGGCAUCUUGGCUCUUAUGGCCCCAGUCAUUGCCUACUGGACUUACAGCACUUUCUGGCACAUCAUCGACGUCUACGAGCUUGCGGAAAAGUACAGAAUCCACCCAAGCGAAGAAGAACAGGCGCGUAACAAGGCCACGCUCAAAGAAGUCUUGGUGGAUGUUUUGUUCCAGCACGUUGUGCAGACAUUCUUUGGCUAUGUGGUUUACCGCUUUGACCCUAAGCCUGUCACUGGCAACGAAUUGUACCAAAUGUGGCACAUCAAGCACAAGUACCUUCCCAGCUUUGUGCCUGACUCGUUUUUGUGGUUUGGCUACAACUACGGCUGGUCCUUGCUUCGAUUGGGCAUCUCGCUCUGCUUGAUCGAUACGUGGCAGUACUGGCUUCAUCGUAUCAUGCACGAAAACAGAGCCUUGUAUCGCCGCUUCCACUCCAGACACCACAGACUAUAUGUUCCAUACCUGUACGGAGCCCUUUACAACGACCCAGUGGAAGGCUUUUUGCUUGACACGGCAGGAACUGGCUUAUCGGCUAUCUUGACGGGUCUCAGCCCUAGAGAGGCUUUGGUUUUGUACACGUUUGCCACCAUGAAGACCGUCGACGACCACUGUGGUUACAGACUUCCGUUCGAUCCUUUCCAGAUGAUUUUCCCCAACAACGCCUUGUACCACGACAUCCACCACCAGAAUUGGGGCUUCAAGUCCAACUACUCGCAGCCUUUCUUCACAUUCUGGGACAGGCUCACGCGUACCCAGUAUGAGUUUGUGCACGAGUACAAGGAGAAGCAAAAGCAAAUCACCUUGGAAAAGUACAAGGAGUUUUUGGAGAAGAGAAAGCAAAAGAAGGAGGCCAUGAGUGAGUCAUCCUCGACUGAUUCUGUUAUUGAGUCAAAGAAGACAAUCUAA